CAGUUUGACCAUAAGCAGGAAAUGAAGAAGAAGAGGAGGAAGAAGCAGAGUAAUGAAGGAAUUGGAAGGCGCACAUGAACAGAAUGGGGGGUCUUUAAAUAUGUGGGAGUAUUCCAAUGACAUCGACAGAUCGAGAUGACGAACCAGGAAGCUUCUCUCGAGGCCACACCUACCUGGGCUGUCGCUGGCGUUUGCUCCAUUUUGAUCUUUCUGGCUCUCAUCAUCGAACGCUCUCUUCACCGGUUAACUCUGUUACUUGAGAGAAGAAAGAGGAAGACGCUUAACCAGGCUCUCAACCAUGUCAAAGCAGAACUGAGGAAUCUGGGGUUCAUGUCCUUGCUGUUGACUGUUGCUAAACAACCCAUCUCAAAGAUCUGCAUACCAGCGAGCCUGGGAGACUCCUUUCUUCCAUGCAAGGAUGCUGCACCGCCAGGCAGAUUCGUUGAGGAGCAAUCUUGCCAAGAGAAGGGAAAAGUAUCUCUGGUUUCAUCAGUAGGGACUCAGCAACUGCAGAUAUUGAUCAUUGUGCUGGCCGUGUUUCAUAUCCUCUCUUGCCUUGUAACCUUGGUUCUUGGGGAGGUUAAGAUGAAGAGGUGGAAGGCAUGGGAAGAAGAAACCAGCACUCUGGAGUAUCAGUUAUCAAAUGAUCCUCGAAGGUUUAAGCUGACACGGCAAACAUCAUUUGGAGAACGGCAUUUGAAGAUCUGGAGUAAUCACCAUUUAUUUGUUUGGAUUGUCUGCUUUUUCCGACAAUUCACUGAUUCGGUCUCGAAAGCUGAUUAUUUUUCUCUUCGGCGUGGAUUUGUUGCGGUUCAUUUAUCUCAAGACUCCAAGUUCGACUUCCGAAAGUUUCUGCAGAGAUCACUGGAUAAAGACUUUGCGGUGGUUGUUAGCAUCAGCUUCUGGAUAUGGAUGUGUGCUGUGUUCUUCAUUUUCUUCAAUGCCUACGGAUUUUAUAGCCACUACUGGCUUCCCUUCGUUCCUCUAGUGAUUCUUUUGGUUAUAGGAACAAAGCUAGAGGUCAUCAUAACAACAAUGUGCUUAAAGAGCAGUAAUCAGGCAAUUGUUGUUCCAGGGACAAUAAGCGUGGAACUCGAAAACAGCAACUUCUGGUUUGCUCAACCUCGAUUGCUGCUUCACCUGGUGCAGUUCAUCUUAUUCCAGAACUCCUUUCAGCUUGCUUUCUUCACAUGGGCAUGGUACAACUUUGGGGUCCGGUCAUGCUUCGACAGAGAGGUGGCGGACAUCAUCUUAAGCUUCGGGACAGGCGUUCUGGUGCAGUUCUUAUGCGCUUACGUUACGCUUCCGCUCUAUGCCUUGGUCACUCAGAUGGGUUCUUCAAUGAAGGAAACCAUCUUCGCCGACGAGGUUAUGGAGGGCCUGAAGAGCUGGAAGAAGAGAGCAAGGAAGAACCUGGCAAACCAGAGAUCGGUGCCUUCCGGUACCUUUCUACCGCGGCCGUAUACUCGGCUAACGGAUGAAGCUUCUUCUUCCUGUGGUCGCACACCGAGAAAGCGAGAGUUCAGGUACCCUUCACGGAGGCUGGAACUACUGGAAGUCCAGAGAGUGGUGGAGGAGGUCAUUCAGCACGGUGCCAACAACAUGCCCAGUGACGGCGAGGUCUCUUUUGGGCUGUGGAGACGACCAAUGAAUUAAAUGGUCAACAUCCAAAUCUUCCCAUGAAGGGAGCAACAUCUCCCAGAGGAAGUUGUAUUUGUGGUCACUGCCUUGGAUUAACAUACCGAUAUGAACCGGUGAAAUAGGACAAUUCAACAGUAAUAACAUAUAACAGAGUCCACAUGAGUCUCCAUCUUCGUCCUGCCAUGAAGAGGACUGAUGACCAAAGCCAGACUGUCUCAAGACCCCAAUAAUGCUCCAAGUCCAUAGUACUCAUCAUUAAACGGGAGCUCAGAUGGAAAGAACGGCGUCUAUACAACGAGAAAGAAGCUCAUGUUUGCGAAUUAAGCUGGUGAAAUGUCUCCUCAGAGGAUUGUUAUUGCUGGUGAAGCAGUGUCUUCUUCCUGCGCCAGAUGGAAUGCAUGUGGAAGAUGGGUACUCACUGAAAGGGGAUAUUCUACCUAAUGGCAGUCUCAUGCAAGCCUGUGUCGAUUCGAAGCAUCAACUGGUAACUGGGAAACAACCAGAGUUAAAGCAUCGUUUUUUGCUAUCCUACAGUGAU